UGGAACCGUUCUUGGAAAGUUCAGCUUGAAUCUCAGGACUUCCUCUGCCAAUCCUUCGGUUUUUCAAGAUCUUGCCCGAAUCAUGAAGAACAUCCUGCCCAAAGUCCAUGCUAUACCGAUGAACCUUGAGAACCUGAACAACAGUUUCUUCUUCCCUCGAGGCGAUGAGCAACUCCUUUCAGGAGUCCUUCAAGUGACACGAGGAACGGCCAUGAUCCUAGAUGAGACUGUCAUGGAAGAAGGCACAUUACUUGAUAAGGGUUUAAAGAACUUGAAGGCAGUAUCGGACGUCAGCUUGUACCAAACGCUAAACUACGUUUUCCCGUUCAACGUCCUGGAGUUCCAGACUGAUAUUUCCCUAUUGAUUGUCUCACAUGGCAACUCACUUGUCCCAGUGGAUUGUGCUGUCACACUGAAAUCCGAGUCUUCGGUCGAGCUGCUGACAGAGCUCACUCAGGAGCAGUUCGCAUCGUUCCGCAAAUACAUCAGCAUCUUCCGCCUCACGGAAUACACGCUUCCAGAGGAGAUGGCCAAGGAAAUCGAGACGGAGUUUAUGGAACAGCGCAAAGCCGCGACAGCAGCUGGGACCAGCCUUAUAACGCCCAAUGAGCUCGCGUUCAGGAUCUCCCUUGCAAGGCUCGUGGCAUUGAGUAAGGGCGAGCAGACAUUGACGAAGCAAAGUUGGGACCAUGCGGUGUCCUUGUCGGAACAAAUUAAGGACAGAAGCAAGCAGUAGCCAUCGCCAUACAACCUAUGCUACGGGUAUUCAACUACGGCGGCAGUUAGACAAUCGAUACCGAGUUGCGCCUGCGAUAGCUGCAGCAGAAUAGUGCAUUUUCGUACGAUUGGCUUCUUUUGUUCACCCUCCCGAUAAUAAAGUGUUACACUGAGACGUAUUGGCACAUUAGACUGCUGAGCAAGGAAUGGUUCCUUUUUCAGCCU